UAGGCACACAGCUGGCAAUUUAUUGUUUGUUUAUUUUCCUUUGUUCAUUCGCAAACAUAUAUCAAAAUAAUGGCGGAAGAAAUAGACGAUAAUGAGUUCUAUCGCGAAAACUUCAGUGCUGACUCGGAUUGGGAAGUGUUCAAUGUGCAGCUGGGCGAGUUGCUACAGAAAUGGGAGGUGGCAGUGGAUGUAGGCGUUUCACUGCAGCCGGAGGAGCUGUUCAAGUGCAAAUGGCAUGUGGAGACAGAGAGGCUCGACAUGCUGCGAAAUAGCAUUGCAGUGGAUUAUUACGAAGCACAAUCAACGGAAAAAGGGUCACCAACUGCCGAAAGCGAGCCAGCCAGUGGCUGCUUGCAGCGCACGAAUUGCCAUCACGACUUGAUGUCCAAUUGGAACACCUUCGGCCCUCCCAUACGGAACUCUAGCGAGCUGCAUACGCUGGCAAGGAUCUAUGGAUUGCGACGCUUUGUGCUGCUGCACCCUGUGCCGUCGUCGACGAAUUAUAUGAAGUCCACGUCUGAAUUCAAUUUCUUUUUGAGCGCUGCCGCUGUGGUUGCCGCCGAGGUAUCUAGCGUGGUUCCGAUUUUUGUGCAGAUCCACGAUCCCAAAUGGAAUUUCUAUACUGGAGUCGCCAUGGCGCCCGCUCUGCGCACCAAUUUUAGACUCAUUGGACUCGAACAGGCGCCGCCAGAGUGUCGUUAUUUGAUGGGUCUACUAACGCUCUUCCAUGACAAGGUGCCCUCGUCGUAUACCCAGGAGGCGAGGGUAUCGGUGCGUACGACCUACACGCUGGAUGCAGUUCGCAUACGCAUGCCCUUGUAUGUACCGUUCAAUCAUGGACUUGGCUCGGAGGAUAUUGCUAUCGAUGGCGAUGUAGAGCGUCUGGAUGUGCAGCAUUUUUAUGCCUUGCCGCAUGGCUAUGCACCAGAGUCUUCGACUGAGAGUUACCUUGUCUACACUUGGCCAGAGCUGUCGGAGAGCGUAACCUUUGACAGCGAACAACGCUCGGAUUUUGUGCCCUCAAAAGCGCCACUGGGAAAGAUCUAUUUAUCUGUGGAGGCUUUCUCGUAUCUAAGCUUGUGCUUGGGCGAUUAUCAAGCUGUAGGCAAGGUCACACGCUCUUUGGAGUCUUAUGUGGGUCGUAAUUUUUCCGGCAUGAGCAGCGGAGCGGAGCGCACAAAUCCUUUGGAUAAGCUAACCGAACACAAGCUAAGUGGCAGAAGGGAGCGCAGCUACGAGCUGCCCUCGCAGGAGUCCCUGACCAAGCGUUUGCCUGGCCCAAUGACAGAGAAGGAGCUGACCGAACUGUUGGCCUAUCUAUUUCCCGAUAUGCAUCCCGACUUGGCACUAUAUCCCUAUGCCAAGCAGAGCUUCAAAGAUAAGUUUGAUCCGAUGCGUAUUAAGAGCGCCGUUGCCGAUUCCUUGGUUUGUCGUCUUAGCUGCUUGUUGGCCACUUGCCACGCCCAUUUGGGCAGCUUGGAGGGCAUGGCACAGUUGUGGGCGGCCUUUACGCGUCAGCUACGUGUACUAUGGGACAAUUGUUUAACGGUGCCCGGAAUUGCGCGUGGUUUUCCGGAUACACGCACCUGUCUGCUGCACCAGAAGCUGCAGAUGCUCAACGUUUGCGUGGAGCGCCGCUUGCAGCGCGAGGCAUUUGGCAAGCGCAAACAGCAGCAGGCGAAGGUUAUGGACCAGCAGCUGAGCGAAGAGGAUGAUGAGGAGGAGGAUGAUAGCGAAUUUUAUGAUUGCGAUGAGCCAACCUCGAGCAGUAGCUUACCAAUCAAAGCUGUGUUAAGCCUCAAGCCUGAGGGCCGUUUGAAGCGUUUGGGCCAAGAGCGUUUGCUAGAUGAGCCGGACGAAUAUCUAUAUGUGCCCGAAACCCAGGAGCCGGUGCCCAAGACCGAGGAUCAGCUGCAGGACGAUGCGGAGGUGAUGCUGAAACUGGGCCCCGGCUCCGGUUUGAGCACACAAAUGAUGUGCACUUCGCUGAUGUCCGACAUGGAAGCCUUCAAGGCGGCCAAUCCACGUGGCAAAAUGGAAGAUUUUAUACGCUGGUACAGUCCCAAGGACUGGGAGCAGGUGUUGAGCGAUAACGGCGAGAGCACGCAUCAGCUAAGCGUUCGCAUGACCACUGAGGGCAAUACUUGGCAAAAGGUUUGGCAACAGGCGCAAGCAGUGCCUGUGGCCCGACAGCGCAGACUCUUCGAUGAUACGAAUGAGGCGUUGAAGGUGCUGCACUAUCUGGAAACGCGCAGUAUGAGCGAGAUCUAUGGACUGACCAUUAUACCAGCGCUGCAUACGGCUAUACUUAAGCUAAUUGACAUCUAUAGCAAUGCCCAGGUGCAGGAUCUGUUUGCCAGCCACAUUGAGCAGCUUUUAAGUGACUUGUGUCGCCUCUCGCGCUCCCAUUCCAAUGAGCUGCCUCAAGUGGAGCAGCUGCUGCAAGAUCUAUCCGAACUGGAGCGUCGUUUCUAUCAGUUCAAGUGCUUUGAGAGACUCGCUGGCUAUCCAAAGCGCAGCAAUCUGGCAGAGAUCAAGCGACAAUUUGAGGAGAUACUGAAGAAUGAGAACAGCUGCACAAUUGUGGACAAGAAGCGCGGCGCUGCAGGCGAUGUGCUCUGCAGCGGCGGCAGCCUUUAUGACCUAUUGAGCCCUAAACUGGAGCAGGAUAUAUCGAAUCGCUUGAUCAGCAAGGAUUAUGUUAUACGUCUAGAUGGCGAUACAAAAUCAACCGAGAAGGGUCUCUAUCUGGGCCCACAAUUCAUGCGAGCAAUUGUAACGGGCGACAAGCUGAGACUUUGUGGAGCAUUUACGGAGAGCACAACUUUUGUCUAGGUGGCAAGAGCUAUGAUGUUAAUGAUAAAAGAGAGAACUAUGCUUAUAA